AUGAAUCUAUCGGAUUUACAUUUAGCAUGUUAUAAUGGUGAUUUGGAAAAAGUUAAACUGCAUUUAAAUAACGAUAAUAUAAAUGAAAUUAAAAUUAUUUAUGAAGAAGAAGAAGAACAAAAUGACCAAUGGAUAUUUAUUAAAACAAAAACAUUGACACCAAUUAUUUGUGCUAUUGAAAAUAAUCAUUUAUCUAUUGUCAAAUAUCUUUUUGAACAAGGUGCAAGUAUUUAUUUACUUGACCCUUUGAAGUUAGCAUGUCAAUAUAAAUAUUUACCAAUAAUUGAUUAUUUAUUAAAUAUUUUAAUAAUAAAAUAUUCAUCAAUUUUACCGAAAAGCUCGAGUCCAUCAUGUCCAUUAUCACUUUGGUAUGACAAACCAGCUUCACAAUGGCUUGAAGCAUUACCGAUUGGAAAUGGCUAUAUGGGUGGCAUGAUCUAUGGUGGAUAUCCUCGUGAAACAAUUCAAUUAAAUAGUGAUACUUUAUGGGCAGGUUGUCCACAUGAUUAUUCAAAUCCAGAUGCUUUCAAUUAUCUUGAACAAAUUCGACAAUUAAUUGAAAAUAACCAAUGGAAUCAAGCUCAAACUAUUUUAACAGAAAAUUUUUUUGGGAAACCUAUUCAUCAAGCACCUUAUCAAACUGUUGGAAAUUUAUUUAUUGAUUUUUUUGGAGAUUUAUCGUCGCAAUCCAUUGAUCAAUAUCGAAGAGAAUUAAAUUUAGAAAAAGGAAUAACAACCAUAAAUUACUCAAUUGAUAAUAAAAUUAAUCAUCAACGAACUUGUUUUGCAUCGUAUCCCGAUAAUUCUAUUAUUUAUAAAAUAGAAUCAUCACCAUUAAAUUCUCUCAAUAGUGUUAUAUCAUUUUCGAGUCCUCAAAAAAUUCAAAUAUCAAUAGACACAACAACGAAUACAUUAAUAGUCGAUGGUAUUGCUGGUGAUCAUGAAACAAUGCCGGGAUCUAUUCGUUUUCGUUUAUUAAUAAACAUUCAACUAGAUGGAGAAUUAUAUCUAUUAAAUGAUCGUUUAAUUAUAUUUGGAUCGAAUUUUUUAAUAAUUCGAAUAGCGAUUGCAACAAAUUAUAUUAAUUAUGCAAAUAUAACUGGUGAUGAAAUAAAACUAUCGAAUGAUAUUUUAAAUAAUUGUUUAUUAUAUAAUUAUGAACAAUUAAUUGAACGUCAUUUAAAUGAUUAUCAGUUAUUAUUUAAUCGUGUUCAAUUAAAUCUUGGCGAAACAGAAUUUAUGUUAAAACCAACUGAUCGUCGAAUUGAAUUAUUUUCUCAAAAUCCAAAUUUAGAUCCACAAUUAAUGACAUUAUAUUUUCAAUUUGGUCGAUAUUUAUUAAUAUCAUCAAGUCGUCCAGGUAGUCAACCAGCAACAUUACAAGGAAUAUGGAAUGAUUCAAUGACACCACCGUGGGAUUCAAAAUAUACAAUUAAUAUUAAUAUCCAAAUGAAUUAUUGGCCAGUUGGACCAACAAAUUUAAUUGAAUGUUAUCAACCGUUAUUUGAUCUUAUUCAAGAUAUAUCACAAACAGGACAAUCAACUGCUAAAUUACAUUAUGGGACAACACGAGAGGACAGUUGGGUAUGCCAUCAUAAUACUGAUAUUUGGAGAGGUACAGCACCUGUUGAUGAUGCUAUUUAUGGUACGUGGCCAACAGGCGGAAUAUGGCUUUGUAAAAGUAUUUGGGAUCAUUAUUUAUUUACAAAUGAUAAAGCAACUCUUUUUCGUUAUUAUCCAAUACUUCGUUCAGCAGCACAAUUCUUUUUAGAAACUCUGAUUAAAUCAUCAAACUAUUUAUUAACAAGUCCAUCGAUGUCACCUGAAGUUCCACAUCAUGUUCAAUUGAAUGCUGUUGUUUGUCAAGGACCAACAUUAGAUAUACUUUUAAUAAAAGAUUUAUUUCAUUCAAUUAUUGAAACAUCACGUUUAUUUAAUAUUGAUGUAGAAUUUCGAGAAGAAAUUCAACAAGUAUUUAAUCAAUUAGCACCUCUUCAAAUAGGGAAAUUAGGUCAACUACAAGAAUGGUUUCAAGAUUGGGAUCAAUCAGCUGAUAUUCACAAUAGACAUAUGUCUCAUUUGUAUUGUGUUUUCCCAGGCAAUUCAAUAACAAAUGAUCCAUCGCCAUAUCGUGAUGCAGCUAUAUUUUCAUUAGAUCUUCGAGGAAUAUUUAUUCCUUCGCCAGGAUGGUCAUUAGCAUGGAAAUCUAAUAUUUGGGCACGUUUUCAUCAAGGUUCAAAUGCAUUUAAACUUCUUUGUAUGUUAUUAACUCCAACACAUACAGCACCAAAUUUAUUUGAUUUAAUUGAUGGUCCACCAUUUCAAAUUGAUGCAAAUUUUGGUGCAACAUCAGCUAUUUGUGAAAUUCUACUUCAAAGUCAAAAUAAUAAUAUCGAACUUCUACCGGCAUUACCAAUUGAUAAUUGGCCACAAGGUUUUGUUUGUGGUUUAAGAGCACGAGGAAAUUAUCAAGUUAAUAUUUGGUGGAAUGAUGGAUUAUUAUCACGAGCAGAAAUUAUUCCUUUAUCUAAUAAACAGAUUUGUAAAAUAAUCUAUAAAAAUAAAAAUUUAAUUUUGGAAAAUUUAUUAUUUGGAUGCAAAUAUCAUAUUAAUUCAUUAUUAGAAUUAACGCAUCAAUCAAAUAAUAAAAAAUAA